GUUUGAAUAAGCGGUAUAUUUAUGGACUUUGUUGGUGAUUCUAGUUGUGUUUUUGAUUCAUUUACUGACCAUAUAGGUUCGGUUCCUUCUUUUCUGAAGACAAAAACAAGAGGUGAAACAUUUAGAAACUACAACAAGACCUCCCCCAUAAAGAUCCAUACUCUUCCUUCGUAUUCCUCUGUCUUUGACCUUUCAGUUUUCGGCGAUCUCGAAAAGGACCAGUGGCAGGAGAUUAUGGCCACUUGCUGCAAGAAACGCAUCACCGAGCUCUGCAAAGAGGUGACCCACGAGACGCAGUUUCUUCAUUGGCUGAAUAACCUGGGCUUCAAGAAGAACACCAAGGUACUAACACACACCUAGGCACUGCUUCGGUUUUCCUUGAGAUGAAAAGAUAUUGCAGGUGUUGAAGAGGUUGGCUCAGCUGUGGGCGAGGCCUCUUCUUGAACUUACCUUGCUAAGAGACAACCUUCACCAUUAGAAUCUACAGGUCCCCAAGCGCAAGAACCAACGCGCCACCGCGAUUUGGUUGAUCCAUGAGACCACCCUCGAGAAGCGCCAAUCUGCUUACGCUUUGAUUCCCUCGGAGAUCGAGCUUCGCCGUGCUGUCGCUAUGGAAGAAUACCGCCAGAAGAUGAGCCAGCUGAUGUCUGACGUGCCUGCAAUCUGCAACGGCAACAUGCAGCAGUUCAUGCAGUUCCCCGGUGGUCCAAGCAUGCUGGCCCUUACCAAUGAACAGUCCAUGCCGCGUGGAUCCUCUAUCUCGUCUGCUGCGUCUUCCAAUGGCCAGAUGGCAAACACCAUGAUGGGCAUGGGUCUUGGCGGCGGCGCUGGCUUCGUACUAGAAUAUUAGAGCACAUGACGAUGGAUUUAUCCUUUACAGAAUUCACGAAAUAAGCAACGGACGCAGUCACCUCAUCCCGAUUUAGAUUAUUUAGAAUCAAGCACUUUUUAUCUAUAUCCCCUGCGAUUUGCUUCCUCGAUCAAGAAUUACGAACAACUCAACAUACAGAGCGGCGCGCUCAGCCCUGAGUUUGGUUCUCUUGGUGGCUCCGGAGGCACGUCGGGGUUGGUUGGUGGUAACGGUACUUCCUCCAAGCGCCCGGCCGGCAAUGCCACUGACACCAACAACAAUGACAAGGAUUCGCAAGCCACUCCAGAGGGUCCGCCCAUGUCUGACGAUGAGAACAAGGAGGGAAGCAAGAGCGUCAAGAAGGCCAAGAAGAGUCCAGCAAGCAAGGCCAACUCCAAGAAGAAGUCCGACGACGCAAAUGCCGCUGAUGCAGACAAGAACACCAAGGCCACGUCCAGCAGCUCCGGCAAGCCACGCAGCGGAUGAAAGGGGCGUCACAGAUGAGAGGUGGGGGUCUGAAGAGUGGGGAGGUCUAUCGCUAUCUCAGAGCAUACAGGGGCAAUGAUGAUGGUUGUGCAGGUUUAGUAGUUUACUACAUUCGAACCAAUAGGAACAGUCAGACGGGUAUGCAUAAGGUUUUUGAUUUCAAUUAACGACAUGAAGGUGAUUUAAUGCGUGAUUUGUAGGCAAAUGCUGAGAGUUAUUCAAGUUCGGAUCUCACUUCGUCAAAUGCUAGCUUAUAGUGAUUCAGGUCGUGAAAUUUAACUUGUUAUGGGAUGAGUUGCAUGAGCCUGAUGCUGGUAGAUAAACAAACUGCGAGUAUUUUCAUACAAGAACCCCCUCCAAUAAAGUUGUUUUGAUUUGAAUGAUCUCGAUGCGAAUUUAUGAAAUAGGGUGCAGCUGGGACUCAGUUGCCGUAUGUUGUAGUAUAUCGAUCGUCUUCUUUUUCUUCAGUACUUCUCUGCCACUAGCUCGCUAGAGUGAAUUUGUAAUAUCUUUUACGAUGGUUCUAAGUUCAUGUAGAAGAGUUUGAACCUUAAGAAACAGCACACCUCGAUGAACGUCUGAAAGAUGUCGAACGAAUGAAACUGCUGAUGGACUCGCUUUUCUGCUCGGUGUUUGUGCUUCAACUUGGUUGAGGCCUGCUGCCGAACAGCUGCAACAGAUAAGUGAACUGCUGGC